GAAAAUUACUCCGAUGCUCCUAUGACCCCGAAACAGAUUCUGCAGGUCAUAGAGGCUGAAGGACUAAAGGAAAUGAGUGGCACUUCUCCGCUCGCCUGCCUCAACGCCAUGCUCCACUCCAACUCCAGGGGAGGCGACGGGCUCUUCUACAAGCUGCCUGGACGCAUCAGCCUGUUCACGCUGAAGAAGGAUGCCUUGCAGUGGUCUCGGAACCUGUCUGUGCCGGAAGGAGAGGAGCUGGAGGAUACAGCAGACGCAGAGAGUUGCGAGUCCAAUGAAGCAAGCACUGUGAGUGGUGACAACGAUGUGUCUCUUGAUGAAACCUCCUCUAACGCCUCCUGUUCCACUGAAUCUCAGAGCAAGGGACCUGCUGCUACCAGGGAGAGCUACAGAACUGCCUCCCAGACAACCAAACAAAAGAAAAAGACUGGUGUAAUGCUGCCACGUGUUGUCUUAACGCCCCUGAAAGUCAACGGGGCGCACAUGGAGUCUGCCUCUGGCUUCGCGGGAAGGCACGCGGACGGGGAGAGCAGCAGCACGUCCAGCAGCAGCAGCAGCUCCUUGGCCCCGUGCAAAGCCACGCUGCGCAGCCGCACGGAAAUCAACAGGGAUCCUCCGCAGCUCCUCAGGGGUAUCCGCAAGCCCACAGCUGGGCAGAUGAAGCGGAACAGGGGUGAGGAUAUCGACUUCGAAACCCCCGGCUCCAUCCUGGUCAAUACGAACCUGCGAGCUCUGAUCAACUCCCGAACCUUUAACGCGCUCCCGUCGCACUUCCAGCAGCAGCUCCUCUACCUCCUCCCAGAAGUUGACAGACAGGUCGGGGCCGACGGGCUGAUGCGCCUCAGCGGCAGCGCUCUGAACAACGAGUUCUUCACGCACGCCGCGCAGAGCUGGCGGGAGCGGCUGGCUGAUGGUGAAUUCACUCACGAGAUGCAAGUUCGAAUUCGGCAGGAGAUGGAAAAGGAAAAGAGAGUGGAGCAAUGGAAAGAGAAGUUCUUCGAGGACUACUAUGGACAAAAGCUGGGCUUGACCCAAGAAGAAUCCCAGGAGCAGAACUUGGUGCAAGAGGACGCCGAGAACAGGACAGGACUGUCUGUCAAGGGCGAAGCGAGGCUGCCGCGCGGCGCGGCGGCGCGGCAGAGAGACGGGCACUUCAAGAAGCGCUCCCGGGCCGAGCUGCGCUGCAGAGCCAGGAGGAGCCUCUACAAGCGGCGGGAACCUGAGCAAGCGGAGGCUUCCAAAGAGACUGCUCCCGUGGGACCAGAUCCCUCUCUUCGGAAAGAGACGAAGCCCGAGGUAGACCUGGAGAAGGAUGAUCUGACGAGCCCUUCGGCUGCAGCGCCGAAGCCGGAGAGUUCAGAGUUGCACCUCUCUCCAGAGACUUCCAAAUCACACAGUAAAUCGGAAGAUCUGUCCUUGGCAGCUGCAAACAGGAUUCCCAGUUUGCCCCAGGAGGACUCUGCUCGGGAGUCCAAGGACCAGAAGAGGAAAUGCUUUGAGGAGGCUGCCUCUGCAUCCUUCCCCGAAAAGAAGCCCCGGCUUGAAGAUCGUCAGUCCUUUCGUAACACAAUUGAAAGUGUUCACCCAGAAAAGCCACAGCCUACUAAAGAGGAGCCAAAAGUCCCACCCAUCCGGAUUCAACUUUCACGUAUUAAACCACCCUGGGUGGUUAAAGGUCAGCCCGCUUACCAGAUAUGCCCCAGGAUCAUCCCCAACUCGGAGCCCUCCGGCCGGGGCC